CGCGUGUUCUCAGUCUCAGUUAGGUUGUACACUUGUCAAUAAAUGCCUGUUCAUUGAAGUUGUGUGCCCAAAAUUGAUGUCUCUCGAACACAGUAUUCCUGCGUGGUGCACAGUAGUUGUCCAAUGCCUUCAUCACCUCGGCCAGUUUCUUGUUUUCUGGGUCGGCAUAUGUGUUCUCCAUCGUGUUGUAUAUCUCCAGCUCGUCUAAAAACUGCUAUUUUCCUAGCCGUGGGCUUGUCAUUUAUCCCUCUGGCUAAGUAGUAGAAGUUUAGUCUUUGUUUACAUUUCUUGCAAGGAUUCCAGUCAAUAACAACGGAGAAGGUGGUGUAAACGACUGCAUUGCUGCUCACCCCAAACUACAUAGCUAUUGGGACUGCGUUGAACUAUUUGACUCUGCGCUAUCACGGGGAUCGGGGCCUGUUCCCGAGGAAGCAGUGUAUCCUUCGUGUCGGGCUCGUCAGAGUCGUGAAAGGAAAAAGAGGAUUCUACUAGUCCGUGGAUUUCCGGUCAAGUUCAAACCGAAUAUACCUAUUUUAGAAAACUCAAAGGACUAUGCAUUUCAGGGAUGGAUGAAUAAAACCAGAACAAACAUCUGUAACACAGUACUAUCAUACAAGGCCUAUCUUGAUAUGACAAUGGUGUGAAGUGGCCCUCAGGGAAGAAGAACACAAGUCCCUCAGGUGUCCCACUGUCCUCUUCAUCGCUCCAUGCCCCGCUAAGAAGACAACACAGUGUGCCACUUGUGGAAAGAAGAGUUUUGCACCCUCUUUUUGCUCUACCGUUUCUUUCUCGCCAUGGGGGGGGCAGUGAGCGCCGGGGAGGACAACGAUGAUCUGAUUGACAACCUGAAGGAGGCGCAGUACAUCCGUACAGGUCGCGUGGAGCAGGCCUUCAGGGCCAUAGACCGCAGGGACUACUACCUGGAUGGCUACAGGGACAAUGCCUAUAAGGACCUGGCGUGGAAGCAUGGCAACAUCCACCUUUCUGCCCCCUGUAUCUACUCUGAGGUGAUGGAGGCUCUGAAGCUCCAGCAGGGACUGUCCUUCCUCAAUCUGGGCAGUGGGACUGGAUACCUCAGCACCAUGGUGGGACUCAUAAUAGGUCCAUUUGGUGUGAACCAUGGAGUGGAGCUCCAUACGGAUGUGGUGGAAUACGCCAAGGAGAAACUAGAUGACUUCAUCAAGAAUAGUGACAGCUUUGAUAAGUUUGAGUUCUGUGAACCCAUCUUUGUGGUGGGCAACUGUCUGGAGAUCUCGUCAGACAGCCACCAAUACGAUCGUAUCUACUGUGGUGCGGGGGUGCAGAAGGAUCAUGAAAAUUACAUGAAAAUCCUGCUCAAAGUUGGGGGUAUUCUAGUGAUGCCUAUAGAGGAUCAGCUGAUCCAGAUCACCAGGACUGGUCAGUGUUCCUGGGAGAGUAAGAAUAUCCUGGCCGUGUCAUUCGCUCCUCUGGUACAGCAGAACAGAGCUGAGGGAAGCAAGCCUGAUGCUGUAGAGCUCCCCCCAGUGACAGUCAGUAGCCUUCAGGACCUGUCUCGCGUCUACAUCCGCCGCACCCUCCGAGAUCUGACCAAUGAAGAAUGUCCUGACAAAGGUCUGGUGCAGAGGGCGCCCCAGAAACGCAGGCGCAGGCAUUGCCGGCUGCGACGCAUUAACACGUACGUCUUUGUGGGUAACCAGCUGAUCCCCCAAGCCAUGGAGAGCGAGGAGGAUGAACAGAUUGACCAGGAGCAGCACAAGGAGGACCAGGAGCAGCAAGAGGCGCAGGAGAAGGAGCAGGAGGAAGAGGAGGAGGAGAGAGACAUUAGCAGCGUUGAGAUACUAAAGGCAGUGAAUGUGCUGAGAGACAAAAUCAUGACUUUGCCUCUGCCUGAAUCGCUGAAGACCUAUCUGUUAUACUACAGAGAAAAAUGACUGACUGCUCAACCUGCUGACAUCCGUUCUCAUGGAUACCAUGCCUGCUGAGAUGCUUUUCUUCAUUCUCCUGUUUUCUCUUUUUUCAGUACUGAAUGAUGUAGUAUUCUUUUUUUCUUCAAUAUGAACAUGGAAUGGACACCGAGACUUCCUGGGUCGUCUUGGAUCAUUUUCUAUAGUUACUAUGAUAUGGUUAUGUUAGUUUUUAUGUUAUCGAUUGUUUUUUGAAUUUGUAUAUCAAAGAUUUAUUUAAAAGCCUACUGAAUGGAAAAUCCUUUUCAAAUAUGGUAUUUUGAGGAUGUAGAUUGUAUCACAUGUUAAUAUUCCAGCAAAUUGUCACAAAUGAAAUUGUAUAAAGUAAAAUGCUACCUAUAUUUGAUAACAAUAUGAUAAUAUAAAAAUCCAGAUUUUUACUGCACCUUUUUCUAGCAGCAUUAUGCACUUGAUAUUACUGAAUUAAGAUUUACAAUUGCUGAAUAGAAGAACCAGAGACCAAAAAAAAUGCAUGUACACUUCCUAUUUGAAUCGACGACUAUUAUGGAACAUUUUAUGAAACAUUUCCUCAUGAAUCAUUGAAGGGACAAUUCUUUCAUUGUUCUUUCCUCACACUGUUAUGUUUGAGUAGAGGGAUUGUAAUGCUGUGUGACGAUGAGAGAUCAAUGGGAGAUAGGUUUGUCAUUUAUUUUUUACCGCGUUUUUAAAUCUCUGAAGUAUUUCUUUAGAAUGGUUUUAUCCUCUUGCUUUCUCUCACUUUGCUAUUAUGUAAUAGGCAUUUUAACUUGGUGAUACAUUUUUAUUGCCUUGAAUGUUUCGUCCGCCAGACUUAUUUUAACCUAAUUUUUUUGUUGACGUGCAAAGGGUUUGCAGUUAUCAUACCAGCAGUUAGGCUAACGGGGAAUCUGAUGAAUUAAGAUCUUUCUAAUGGUGAAUGAAAACGGCCUUGUCUCAUUGAUUCUGGGUUCAAGAAAUUUUUCCCCCACACAUCAUCUCCAGCUCUUUAUCUAGACCUUGAAGAACUUACAGUACGGCAACACUCAAGACCCAUAAAGUCACGGGUAUAGGAUUCAUAUAAUAAUAAUAAUACUCCUGUACUGCAGUGGUGGCUGAUGUCACGUCAAACAGGAGGACAGGCUCAUGGUAAUGUUUGGAAUGGAGCAGUAUCUAACAGGAGGACAGGCUCAUAGUAAUGUUUGGAAUGAAACAGUAUCUAACAGGAGGACAGGCUCAUAGUAAUGUUUGGAAUGGAGCAGUAUCUAACAGGAGGACAGGCUCAUAGUAAUGUUUGGAAUGAAACAGUAUCUAACAGGAGGACAGGCUCAUAGUAAUGUUUGGAAUGGAGCAGUAUCUAACAGGAGGACAGGCUCAUAAUAAUGUUUGGAAUGAAACAGUAUCUAACAGGAGGACAGGCUCAUAGUAAUGUUUGGAAUGGAGCAGUAUCUAACAGGAGGACAGGCUCAUAGUAAUGUUUGGAAUGGAGCAGUAUCUAACAGGAGGACAGGCUCAUAGUAAUGUUUGGAAUGAAACAGUAUCUAACAGGAGGACAGGCUCAUAGUAAUGUUUGGAAUGAAACAGUAUCUAACAGGAGGACAGGCUCAUAGUAAUGUUUGGAAUGGAGCAGUAUCUAACAGGAGGACAGGCUCAUAGUAAUGUUUGGAAUGGAGCAGUAUCUAACACAUUGAAUUUAAUUUAUUUUGGGUUACAGACAUAUACAACAAAAUGCACAAUGUGGACCCAGAGGAUAUCACUUGAAAGUAUUAAUUAAAACGCUUGUUUCCAAAGUGGUCCUCGAUGGUAAGAACAAUACAUGUAUUACAUGGUUUCCAUGUAUUUGAUAUCAUUUCAUUCCAGUCAUCACUAUGAACUGUUCUCCCCUCACUGUCCUCCACUGCUGUGCAUUGAUUAGUAAGUGUUAUGGCUUCUCUUAAAGAUAAUGUUUGUCAGCUUUGGUAAACUCAACAUACUGUCCCACAUGAUCAUAAAUGUACUAUUACUUUCUGGUAUGAAAAUUUGUACUGUGUUUUAAACCACAGCAAAUGGCCCGAGGCGGGUCAUGACACAAAAACUCACAAUACAUUGCAUAGUACCGCAUUUUCUUUUUGCAGUAGCAAAAUCACUUUAAUGGGAGAUUUUGGGAUCCUUCUAUUUCUGGACUGUGGCAGUAUCCACAAUAACGAGCACCUCAUUCUGUUAAGUCCUAAAUCAUGAAAAUAGACCUGCCAUCCUGGGUGUGAUGUACAGUACCAGUUAAAGUUUGGACACACCUACUCAAUCCAGGGUUUUUAUUUGUACUAUCUUCUACAUUGUAGAAUAAUAGUGAAGACAUCAAAACUAUGAAAUAACACAUAUGGAAUCAUGUAGUAACCAAGAAAGUGUUAAACAAAUCCAAAUAUAUUUUAGAUUCUUCAAAGUAGCCACCCUUUGCCUUGAUGACAGCUUUGCACACGCUUGGCAUUUUCUCAACCAGCUUCAUGAGGCAGUCACCUGGAAUGCAUUUCAUUUAACAGGUGUUCCUUGUUAAAAGUUAAUUUUGUUCCUUCUUAAUGUGUUUGAGCCAAUCAGUUGUAUUGUGACAAGGUAGGGGUAGUAUACAGAAGAUAGCUCUAUUUGGUAAAAGACCAAGUCAAUAUUAUGGCAAGAACAGCUUAAAUAAGCAAAGAGAAAUGACAGUCCAUCAUUACUUUGACUGACCUUCAUGUCUUAAUCUGGAACAUUUCAAGGACUCUGAAAGUCUCUUCAAGUGCAGUCGCAAAAUCUAUCAAGCGGUAUGAUAGAACUGGCUCUCAUGAGUACCGCCACAGGAAAGGAAAACCCAGAGUUACCUCUAGCUGCAGAGGAUAAGUUCAUUAGAGUUACCAGCCUCAGAAAUUGCAGCCCAAAUAAAUGCUUCUCAGAGUUCAAGUAACAGACACAUCUCAACAUCAACUGUUCAGAGGAGGCUGUGAAUCAGGCCUUCAUGGUCAAAUUGCUGCAAAGAAACCACUACUAAAGGACAUCAAUUCUAAGAAGAGACUUGCUUGGACCAAGAAACAUGAGCAAUGUACAUUAAACCGGUGGAAAUCUGUCCUUUGGUCUGAUGAGUCCAAAUUUGAGAUUUUUGGUUCCAACCGCUGUGUCUUUGUGAAACGCAGAGUAGGUGAACGGAUGAUCUCCGCUUGUGUGGUUUCCACCGUGAAGCAUGGAGGAGGAGGUGGGAUGGUUUUGGGGUUGCUUUGCUGGUGACACUGAUUUAUUUAGAAUUUAAGGCACACUUGACCAGCAUGGCUACCACAGCAUUCUGCAGCGAUAUACUAUCCCAUCUGGUUUGUGCUUAGUGGGACUAUCAUUUGUUUUUCAACAGGACAAUGACCUAAAACACACCUCCAGGCUGUGUAAAGGCUAUUUGACCAAGAAGGAGAGUGCUGAAUCAGAUGACCUGGCCUCCACAAUCACCCGACCUCAACCCAAUUGAGAUGGUUUGGGAUGAGUUGGACCGCAGAGUGAAGGAAAAGCAGCCAACAAGUGCUCAGCAUAUGUGGGAACUCCUUCAAGACUGUUGGAAAAGCAUUCCUUGUGAAGCUGGUUAAGAGAAUGCUAAGAGUGUGCAAAGCUGUCAUCGAGGCAAAGGGUGGCUACUUUGAAGAAUCUCAAAUAUCUUUUGAUUUGUUUAACACCUUUUUAGUUACUACAUGAUUCCAUAUGUGUUAUUUCAUAGUUUGAUGUAUUCACUAUUAUUCUACAAUGUAGAAAAAUGUAGAAAAACCCUUGAAUGAGUAGGUGUGUCCAAACUUUAGACUUUUUCUGUAUGUAUUUUUUUUUAUUUUGGACUAGAGCAAUGUACGAGACACAUUAUAUACGAGUCAUGUAGCUAGCUGUACAUGUAUCAGUUAGAAUUUUCUUGUGAAACUCCCUUUUUAAGUGAUAGCUUUUAAAGUGCCAAUUCACCCCAUCACAUUAUCCGCUCCCUGUCAAUUGACUCUGGUUUUAUGGCAAAGUAAAGGGGGACAUUCUGACCUCUGCCUUUUGGGGGCCCUAAGCGAGAUUUGGAUGGAGGGCCCCCCACCUCGUGGCAAACCAUUUUAGUGACCCCCUCUUAAUGGUGGAGAGAAAAUGUGUAGUUUUAAAGUUAAUUUCUUGCAAUUCUACAAAUUCUUCCAUGGGGUAUAGAGGAAAUGUUUCAGUUUUAAAGCAAGUUUUUGGCAAUUCUACACAUUUUGCCAUGGGGGGGAGAGAAAACAAUUAUUUGGCCAUGAUUACUACAAGUUUAGAUUGCUGGCUAGACUAAUUACCAAUCAAAAAACUGUUAGCUGACAUGGCUAAUUGAGUGACUGACAUAACAAGAGAAACUGCUGAUGCACAUUUCAAAAUGCAAAUUUUCACAUUUCUAAAAUGCACCUGGUGUAUUCUACUGUUCUUAUUCUCAAUAGUAAGUUGAGACCCCUAGCUUCCGGGGGCUCUAACCGGCCCUGAUUCUGACCAUAGUGACUUCUAAGAAUGAUGCAGUGCUUUUACAGUACAUUCCAUUAAUGCUUGAAAAAGAAUAGCAUGCCCAUGUUCAUUGGUAGAUGUUACAUUUGUGUUGAUAUUUUUCAGUUUUAUCACAUACUUGGAAACUGAUGAUUGAUCUUGCUUUCAAAGCAUUGAAAUUAUAGUUGUUGAUAUAUUAUUGAGGUUCUAUUUUGUAUUAACAUGACAACAGUAAAGUAGAUGGUUAUGUUGAUACUGUAUGUUUGGUUAUAAAAUCAUUUGGAUUGGGUUUGAUUUGUUUGUUGUUGCAGCGCCCUCUUGCUGUCACAAGGCACUGCGGAAUGUGCUUGUAUGUAGGCUAGGUCCAAACUCCACUGGUGUUAGUUCUAUGGCUCAACAUGCCUUCCAUCUCAUUCUGGUCUAGGGUAUAAUAUUUGGGUUUGAAAUGGAGUUGGUUGAUUUCUAUAUUGGUUAGUGUAUUUUUGUGAAGAGGUGAUACUGUGUACCUUUUUGAAUUGUAAGCAUUAACACAGAAUUGACUAACUAGCACAUGCUGUAUAAGUAGCAGUAGUCAUCUUAUCUCUGAAAAAAUGCAAAUGCUCAGUUAUGUACACAUGAUACUGUGUUGAAAUCACAUUUACUAUGGGGAAAACGGCAAAGUUAAUGUGUUGAACAUCAUUUAUGAGACCUAGGCCUUGAGAUUUUGGGUCACCCCAUGCACCAGAUGUGAUGUAUUAUCAUAUGUACGUUAACACUUGAUAGGAUUGUUUGGUUCACCAAAUGGUCCCCACAGUAAAGACACAAUUCCAAGCCAAUGUGGCCAAUGUGACCUUUAUUUAAAUUAAUUCAAGGUCUUGCCUUGAUUUGUACAGAGGUGAAACUAUUGUUCUGUUUUUUCUUAUCAGGCUCAUGUUGAUAUUUCAAAGUACGCUGGUAGUACAUUUUUGAAAUUGUUUUUGUUGUUCACUAUGUACAUGUUUCAGCACACACAAAAUAAAGGUCACAGUCGUCA